AUAACUAUAUUAAUGGUCCAGGGGACUGUUUCUGAGGACAUAACAAUGUAAAAAUUGCUUUAAAAAAAACCCAGAUUUUCAUCUGACAAGAGGCAAGAUGGCGACAGGUGGCAGAGCUCCGGAGGAUCUGCAGCGGGGCCUUCUGCAGAUGCCGCUCCCCGCGCAGCCUAUGGCCCAGGCUGAGGAAGCCCAGGGCACAGGAGAGAAGAUGGGCUGGGCGCAGGUAGUAAAGAACCUGGCGGAGAAGAAGCACGACUUCCGUGAGCAGUGGCGGGGAGAAGAAAGGGGCAGAGGUGCAGGCGGCAGGCUGGGCAGCCCCGCGGGCCUGGCCAUUCCGAACCCCGGCAACUUCCCACCUGCCGGCCGCGGGGACCCAAGGGGCUGCGGGAGAGACCCUGCGGGCUACGCGGCAGAAGCUUGCAGGAUGAAGGGAGCUGGAGACGCGAAUCAGAGGAAGAUGGCCGAGGUGGCGGUGGCGGCGGCGGCCAUGGCGUCCCCUGCCAGGCCUGGUGCGACCAAAGACGCCACUGCAGAGCGCCCACUCCAGGAUGAGCCUCCAGCCGCCAGGCCGGGUAAGGGGCGCUUCCUUGUGCGCAUCUGUUUCCAGGGAGACCAUAGUGCCUGUCCGACCCGGGAUUUCGUGGUGGGAGCUCUCAUCCUGCGCUCCAUCGGCAUGGAUCCUGGGGACAUCUAUGCUGUCAUCCAGAUCCCUGGUAGCCGCGAGUUUGAUGUGAGCUUCAGAUCUGCAGACAAGCUUGCCCGGUUUCUCCGCAUCUAUGAGGAAAAGCGGGAGCUGGAUGACUGCUGGGAGAACUUUGUGGUGUUGGGGCGGAGCAAGCCUGGCUUGAAGACCCUCUUCAUCCUCUUCCAGAAUGAGACCGUGAAUGUGGAGGAUAUCGUGACCUGGCUCAAGCGCCACUGCGAUGUGCUGGCCUUGCCAAUGAAAGUGACUGACAGGUUUGGGAUUUGGACUGGGGAGUACAAGUGCCAGAUUGAGCUGCGCCAGGGGGAGGGCGGAUUGAGGCACCUGCCUGGAGCCUUCUUCUUGGGAACAGAGAGGGGCUACAGUUGGUACAAGGGGCAGCCCAAAACCUGCUUCAAAUGUGGUUCUCAGAACCACAUGACCGGCACCUGCACUCAGGACAGGUGUUUCAGGUGUGGAGAAGAGGGGCACCUGACCCCUUACUGCAGGAAGUUCAUCAUGUGCAACCUCUGUGGCAAGGGAGGACACAUGUAUGCCCAGUGUCCCAAAGCAGCUCACAGUUCCGUGGGAGAUCAUCUCACUGGCAUGGUGGGGUAUUGAAUGCAUUUCUGCCUGCCUGCCUUGUGAACACACAGCCAGCUUAUCCUUCUUAAGUGCCAAAACGUUUUUUUUUUUGUUGUUGUUGUUGUUUUUUUUUUUAAGAGCAUUUUGUCUCUUUUUGGAAGUAGAUAUUUCUAAAACUUAACAGAGACAUCUCUCUAUGCCUUUUAAAACCACGUGUGCUCCUUUUAAGCUUGUUUGAAAAGGACUAUUCAGAACUGUAGCUUGCAAAUGUUGCCUGCCCCCUCCCCCUUUUUUUGCCCCUUUUACAUUAGUUUUGGUACUUUUGUCAACACCUUUUCCCCCUCUGUAUUUUUACUACCUCCUGCUUCAUCCAUGUCUCAUUAGAAGAUUUUUGCCCUUUGGACUGCCUUGCUCAUGUUUAUGCCUCAGCCCUGUGUACAGGGCCCAAUGCGGAAUAGGCAUUCAAUCAAGUGUUUAUUGAAUUGAAAAUGUCGUCGACUAGCUCUGUAUAGAGCCUGCCUUGUACAGCUCUCUGCUGGGCUCUUUUCGUUUGCUGCUUCUAUGUGAUAUGAAAAUUUGUGAAAACAGUGUUGCUAGAAGUAUAUACUGCGAAUAACUUCUGAAAGGUGGCCGAGGGCCUCUCCUAGCAUAAAAACCUAACGACUUGUGACAACUCUUUUUGGCUCAGAAGCCAUAUUUCUGUAGGAGUGUGGAGCCUAGGCAGUUCCGCUGGGAAAGACCAAAGCGGUGGUUUUUGUUGGAUUUUCUUUGUGGGGGCUUGCUUUUGUUUUGUGUAUUGAUUUGAGACAGGGUCUCACUGUGUAGCCCUGACUGGUUUGGAACUGACUGCAUUCCUGGACCAGGCUGGCUUCAAACUGACAGUGAUCCUCUCAACUCAGCCUCCCUGAAGGAUGUUUUAAAUUAACCCCUUGUUUUCCAGCAGAUGAAAUGAAUCCGAAGUUAAAUGACUGGGUUAAAGUCCACUGCGGUGUGGUGCUUCAGACUGUCCACAGUAGAGUCCACUGCCCCCAUGCCUGGUGCUCAUCCCACUACCUCUCAUACUUCACAACAGUCUCCUUGACAAUGGUGGACCAAGGAAGUUUCUCUCCAGGGGGAUGGUCCCAGCAUGAAGCUGAGACACCAGCCCCUGAAAGAGCAGAAAGAGAAGCUUGUCUUGCCACUUCAUAGUAAGGCACCUAGGAAAAGGACCAGUGAACACACUGCAGGCUGCAUGCAUGCAUCAGUCCUUGGAGUGAGUACCACAUCUUAAAUGUUCCACUGUCAAUGUCAGCAGUGAGAAAUGAUUGCCCUCAGGAAAGAACCUUGCCAGACUUUUACAUUUACACCUCUGCCUCAUCUACUAGGAACCCCAGAGAAGUUAGAGAGAGAGAGCACAUCUGAAACCCCUGACCUCUGCUGCUCAAAAGACAGGUGGUUUUAACCCAGAAGCAUGAGUGAGCUGUAAACUGGAAAAUGUUCUUGGGGAAACAGGCCAAGGGAGAGGGCCUGAGUGAACUAACUGUUAUCAAGUUAAAGUGAAAGACAGUAAGCUGCUUUUUUCAGUUUUUGUCUUCUCUUGCAGUUUUGCUGUUUUCUUGUGGCUUAGAAUGUAAAACAGAUGUUCAGAUUUGUUCUCAAUAAAUAUUUGUCUUUUUUGCCCAGGAAAAAUGUUGAGUUGUGUGGAUUUAUCAGGUGGCCACAGACAUGACAUUUUAAAUACAUAGCAGUUUCUGCAGGUGUGGAAUUUUGUAAAAGUGCUGUAAAAUGAUGUCAUUUUGGGAGCGUUUCAACUGAAGUUGACUGUGGGUAUAAGGAUAGAUAUAGAGAAAACUGUUUGAAAUAACAUGCCUUCAGAGAUGUUGCCAAAGAAGGACUGCAUCUGGGUUCAAUAUUUCUGAGCCUAAUGUAUCAGGCUAGAUUAAUACAUUGGGAAUUAUUUUGCCUCAUUUAAAUGAUAUAUUUUCUUUAAUUAAAAAUUGAAAUAUUCAGUCAUAUCUGUGGGAAGGAAGGAUAUGAUAAGUACUGACAAGUUUUUACUUUUUAAGUAGGUGGUACAAUCAUCAAGUCUGCCAUGAUGUUUUUCAUUGUGUUUGCUGUUAUUUCAAAAUGCAUGAUGAUGAUGAGUAAAAUACUAGCUAUAUUAAUGGUUCAGGGGACAGACUCUAGGAACAAAACAAUGUAAAAAUUAGUUAAAAAUCAGACUAUCAAGGAGAACGAUGACAGAAUGUAAUUUAAUGGAAUUUUGAAGUUUUAUUUAGAGGAGACUCCUCAGCAUUGCUCAUUUUAAAAUUAGUUGUGAUUAACAAAAGAAAAAAAACACUUGAUUUAUGCUUAGGUUAUAUUUAAGCAUUCCGAAAUCAGUUGUUGAAACUGAGCGAGUACAAGCACUGAUUCAUAGAUAUGAAAGACGCCCAGUAGGUGCUUAUAUUAGGGAACAUCUGUGUGUUUUGACAAAUAUCCAAUUUGGUAUAUUUUGCUUAUUUGCUUCUAUAAGCAAAGUCUAGUAGAAGAGUGCAUCAGCAAUCUGACUACUUGGAAAGAUGAUUUCCUGGGUUCUAAUUCCAGAAUAUAUAUAUAUAUAUAUAUGCUUGAAAAGUCAGGCAUACAGGAAUCAACAUUCAAUCAAAGGACACGAGGCAUAUGUCAUGUAAGUAAUAUGGAAUUUCCUGGCCAGCUUAUUUGACAUGUUUGUACAAUUCUCCCCUUGUGUGAAACACAAUGUCAAACUAACAUUGCUAAAAUUCCUGUGCAUGAAACUGAUAUUUGAUUGAUUUUUUACCACCCUUGUAUCAGCUGAGUGUGCCUAGAAAAUUGUUUCAUUAUGAAGUAAACCAAUGUUCUACUCCA